GGUAACAGCGUCCUCGACAGAUUCCCGAUGUGAAUUGGGGGAGGUGGUCUUAGGUCACAUGACUUCAAACCAUCCUUGUGGACCCUUUGUUGUUGGCUUUUUGGCAGGGCUCUCGUAACCGAGUGUAACGCUUUGUCUUUGUCAUACGUUAUUUUACGGCGUCAAUACACGCCACAUCCCGUGGAAUAAAAACACGCGGUUCGUAAUUGGAGACAUGAGAGGAUUCACGGUCGAGAUGCACACAGAAACAAAACAGAAGGGAAGGAACGAUUGAAGGAGCUUGGCACAGCCACGACUAGGACCAAAGGAAGUGUAGUGGGUUACCUACAGCAACAGAGUGAAAUGUGUAUUUAAAUCCACGAUUUUUCCGAUCUGGCGUAAUAAUAUUAUAGGCCUACGUUUUUGGUUCUGAAUUGUCCGGGAAUAUUCCACAUCCGCACCACGGUUUUAACAAGAAACAUUUAACUGUGUUAGCUAUAUGCAUUAGCGACAUAUAUAUAUCUGUGUGUUUGCCUCAUAACGAAAAAUAUAAUAAAACGAGCUGAACUGCACUUCGGGCACCCCUCUGUCAUCAUGGUAUUAGGCUAUCAGCUCAUUAGGAUCAGAACACGAUGCCGCCAUCUCCACUGCAUUCUCUUUUGCUUCUUGACUAUCGCUGCUGUGCUUGGCGUUCAGUCGUCGUAUCCUCAAGACAGCGACUGUGUGCCUGACAAAGGAAAAGAAUGUCCAGAUUUGUCUGAGAAGAAGAGUAAUUUGCGAGUGUGUGACAAAGCCACAUGUCGCUAUGGUGGAAUCUGCAGGGACAAUGGUGCUGACCUUAAAUGUGUAUGCCAGUUUCAGUGUCAUGAAAAAUACAUUCCUGUGUGUGGAUCUAAUGGGGACACCUACCAGAAUGAGUGCUACCUGAGGCAAGCAGCCUGCACACAGCAACGUCUUAUAUCUCUAGUUUCUCCUGGACCCUGUGAUCCAGAUAGCAGCUCAGGGUCUGGGGAUGGAGAUGAUGAAGGAUCAGGUACAGAUACAAGUAAGAAACUCACUAAAUGUAGCAGCUGCAAGUAUGGUGCUGAAUGUGAUGAGGAUUCAGAAGAUGAGGACUCGUGUUCAUGUAAAAUUGACUGUAGUGGGCAUAAUGAGAAUCCAGUGUGUGGUACAGAUGGAAACUCCUACAACAAUCCCUGCCUUGUACGGGAGGCUUCGUGUCUGAAACAGGAGCAGAUUGAUGUUAAACAUCUAGGGAGAUGCCCAGACAAGGGGAAAAAAAAUGAUGAUGAACUGUCCUACAAGCCAAAUCUUUUUGGCACAGCAGAUCCAGGACAAGGGAAAGGAUAUGGCUGGAUGCCAGUUCCCUGCACAGAUGACAACUUUUGUGUUCAUGGCCACUGUGAAUUCCAAUAUGGACAUUCCUCGUGUCGGUGUGAUUCUGGAUACACAGGGCCACAGUGUGAGGAAGUUACUGACUUUAACAUACUGUAUGUGGUGCCCAGUGGUCAAAAACUGCACUAUGUACUCAUAGCUGCUAUUAUUGGAGCUGUACAGAUAGCCAUAAUUGUGGCCGUUGUCAUGUGCAUCACCAGGAAAUGCCCUAAGAAUAAUCGAGGACGUCGGCAAAAGCAAAACUUGGGCCAUUUCUCUUCAGACACCUCAUCCAGGAUGAUGUAGCUUGUUUUAUUUAGGCUUUUAUACCUUUUGUACCAUGUGGAUUGCAUUUACACCCUUUGUUUUAUUCUGUGUUCAUCUGUGGACAAUAGGUUUAGUUUAUUUAUGGUGCCUUAUUGUUCAUUUUCUUCUGGACAUUUAAGGAGCUUGUUGACAGUAGUAAGCACUGCCAACUGAAUGAUAAAAGCCAGCUUUUCAUUGUCUAUCUUUUUUUCUGUUACUUAUUUUUUGUAAAUGUUGGUGAAAUGUUCUUGGUACAGUUGCUGUACACUUUUUUCACUGAAUGUGUUUACUUUAGCGAGUGCAGCUGAACACCAAAUGGAGUUGGUUAUGUAUGACAAAACAGCAAUUUUUUUCUAAGGGUAAUGGGACAAUGGAAUGCAGUGUGGAUGGAUGGCUAGUUAAUGUUGCAAUGUUGAAAUGUAUGUAGAUUUUAAUUUGUAAUGUUAUUGCUGGUGUCCUUGAUAAAGUUAUUAUUAAUUUAAUUCUAGACACUGCAUAUCGCAUGAAACUGUGUCCAGUGAUGUAGAUUUAACAGAAUUAAAUGAAUUGUCUUCUGA